AUGAGAUUCGCUAGGAGUUUCUUUUUCGCCACGGUCGUUUGCAUGCUGCUGCCUGUGCAUGCAGCACGUGAUGACUGCACCGCGGGGUCUUUGCAUGACAUCUUGGCCACUGCCCAGGAGAUGAUCCUGCUCAUCGCCGCCUUCACAAUCGGCUGGCAUUUGAUAGGACCUUUCUUGGGUGUGGCGUUCCGCCAAAGCCGCGCAGCCGCCCUUUGCAAUGCCAUUCGCGGCAGCCCUCGUCCAGGGUCUCUCGCAGACCGGCCACGCGACUCUGGUGCAGCAGGCGACUCUCCCUCCGGUCCAGGCCUAACACAGCAAGCUCAGGCGUUCUCGUUUCCUCCUGGACGCCCGGACGUGGCUGUCGAUCUCUGGAUCUCUAUGGCUGAGAAGACCGAGGGCCUUGGCUCGCUGCCUGAGCCUGCGUUCUAUGCCAAAGCCUUCGAGGCGUGCAUCGAACUCGGCGACUUCGACUCUGCACAUCGCUUGGCUCGCCGAGCAGCUUGGAGCGUGCCUGCAGGAUCGUCAGGAUCAUCCAAACUUCUGGCUCUGGCUCGGUGGCUGGCAAGAAGGCAGAAGAUCGAUGAGGCGAUGGAGUGCAUUAAGCAAGUGCGACGGACUGGCAACGCAGUGGACCUGCGGAGCAUGAAGUGUCCUGGCUUGCUUGCGAUGUAG